AUGCUUGGAAAGGUCGCCCUCGAGGAAGCCUUUGCGCUUCCCCGCUUCGAAGAAAAGACUCGCUGGUGGGCUAGUCUGUUCUCUACCGACCCCGAAACCCACGUCAAGGAAAUAACCGACAUCACCAAGAUCCGUAUCCAAUACGCCGACAAGCAUGGCGUCGGCUACCAGAUCCUCUCCUACACAGCACCUGGUGUGCAGGAUAUCUGGGAUGCAAAAGAGGCACAGGCGUUAGCGGUUGAGAUCAACGAUUAUAUCGCGGAGCAGAUCAAAGAGUACCCAGAUCGAUUUGGAGCUUUUGCGACUCUAUCCAUGCACGACCCCAAAGAAGCAGCCCAGGAGCUCCGCCGCUGCGUAGAAAAGUACGGCUUCCUCGGUGCCCUUGUAAAUGACACGCAGCGAGCCGGGCCCGAUGGCGACGACAUGAUCUUCUACGACCAGCCCGAAUGGGACAUCUUCUGGCAGACCUGCACCGACCUCGACGUCCCCCUCUACCUACACCCGCGCAACCCCACGGGCACAAUCUACGACAAGCUCUGGGCUGACCGCAAGUGGCUUGUAGGCCCGCCGCUGAGCUUCGCGCAUGGCGUCAGCCUGCACGUCCUAGGCAUGGUGACCAACGGUGUCUUCGACCGGCACCCCAAGCUGCAGGUCAUCCUGGGUCAUCUGGGCGAGCACAUCCCCUUCGACAUGUGGCGGAUCAACCACUGGUUUGAGGAUCGGAAGAAGCAGCUGGGGCUGGCGGAGACGUGCAAGAAGACGAUCCGGGAGUACUUUGCGCAGAAUCUGUGGAUCACGACGUCCGGGCAUUUCUCGACCACGACGUUGAAUUUCUGCAUGGCGGAGGUUGGGGCGGAUCGGAUUCUGUUCUCCAUUGAUUAUCCCUUUGAGACGUUUGAGGACGCCUGUGUCUGGUUUGACGAGGCGGAGUUGAACCUGUCAGACCGGUUGAAGAUUGGGAGGGAGAAUGCGAAGAGGUUGUUUAAGUUAGGUCCGUAUCAUGAUAGCUCUGCUUGA